AUGGCAACUUACCCCGAAGAAGUAUCGCGAGAAUCUUCAUCGCUUGCCUCUUCUGAAGAUUUGCGGGAGUCUCUUUAUGCCUCCUCUUCUGAAGGGUCCGGCGACGGCUCGAAAGGACGACGAAGGUCGCUACGGGCCGUAGUUUUAUUAACGGAUGCGGCAGUCCUGGUCUUGAGUCUAGGCCACCUUACGCUUCUCAUUUUGCUCAUGUGUUACCAUGGUCGCGCUGUUGACGCGAGCUACGAUGUUCUUCAAUCUAUUCUGACUACUAUUGGGCCAAUAUUCCCCAUGGUGUUUUCUUUCAUCUUAAUGGGAAGUCGAACUGUUGGCUCCGCAGUUGCAACACAUUUCGAACUUCGUGCGUUUAAUAUGCUUGGCCUUUGGAUACUCUUUGUCUGGGUAUUUUCCCCGGUUGGGGGACAAUCAUUCCUCCGUGUCCUCGAUGUGACUUAUCCAUUAGCCAACACGUCUUUGUUGUAUAUGAACACACGGCAGUCGGACCAUGGUUUUUACAACAGUUCUUUUAAAGAUCCCUCCUACAUAUCUGCCUUCUAUUCAAGUGAUUCUGGCCGGCCGGGCCCGAGCGAUCCUUGGGGCAACAUCAAGAUUCCGCUCUUGGAUGUUGACAGUAACUCUAAUGCCUGGCAUGAUAUCGACCAUGAUACGGCGAGCUAUUCCGCAUUCGUUGGACUUCCGAUUGUUAACGUAUCAGUUGGGAAUAGCACGUUUUAUCUCGAGUCACUUUACUUGGAACUAAAUUGUGAUCGCGCCACGAGCCACGCACUGGACAAGAACACGCAGUCGUUUUUAGAAGCCGAAACCCCAAUUAGCGAAAUAGAGCUAGAUGAUGCUAGAGACGCAUUGCCUCUUGGUGAUGGUGGUUGGAAACGAACCUGGCCAGUAACGGAAGGCGGAACAUUCGUGAAUGGCUCUUGGUACGGGUAUCAACACGCCCGAUCCCAAGAUGUGAUGUGGAAUAUUGCGAUCGAUCGGUUUAUUGACAAGUUUUGGCUCACGGCAGCGAGUGAGAGACAUAGUACGAAUCCAAACAAGUACGAUUAUUACGGCUUCCCUAGUAUGGGUGCUUUCGAGAACGAAACGGCAAUUGAGGCCGGUCCAACUUAUCUGCUGUUCCAGGCAAGACGAAACGUCACACUUGUCACGGAUGGAAUUUAUGAAUACAAGAUCGAGGUCGUUUCUGUUGAUGUUCAGAAGGCAAAAUGCCUCGUUCUUCAGAAAUAUGUGGAGUCCCGCGUCACUUGCUCCCGAGCGCCUCAUGAAUCAACAGCAGAUUGCAAAGUGGUGUCACAACGCCCAUCGCAGAAGCCGCACCCGUCGGAGAACCUUUCUAUUCUCUCACAUCCAUAUGUGUUCGCGUAUUUGUCAAAAAAACUUCCUACCACACUUGUGACCAGUGGCGUGAGUGACCCGACUCUUUGGAGUAUCUCUGAUCAACCAGAACCUCACGAUGGCGAAGGAUUGAAUGUCCCAGACUUCACCAAUAUCUCGACAUCACAAUUGAGUCGCGGGCUGACCAAGGUAAUCAACUCCUACCUGCUGGUAAACCAGGCAGAUAAGGAUCUGCUACCCCGGCAAGUAAGCAGUUUAUUUCCGCUGCUUGACUUUGAAAACAGAGAAUAUUUCAAGUAUUGGAGCUUAGCAUCAGCCGAGACAAUUCAAUUUACUAGGGUAUUCUGUGUCUCCUGGCCCUGGAUGACUGCUUGUUUUGCUUCGUGUGGUGUUCUGGCUGUUUGUGGAAUUAUGGGAAUCAUUUUGGUGCAUCGUGGGAAUAGCCCAGAAGUACUAGGGUUUGUGUCUGCCAUCGUAAGGGACUCCCGAUAUAUCAAGAUUCCUACCGACCUUGAGCAUAUGAAUGGGGAAGAUAUCUCAAGGAGGCUGAAGAGUGAGCGGCUGAGGUAUGGAUACACAAGUUUUGAAAGUAGGGGUACACCUCAGAUGGGGAUUGGUCGGGAAACAGAAAUCACAAAAGUCGAGGGGUAA